CUCACCUGUAAUAACGGAGUAAAUGCUACCUGGAACUUCACCUUGAUUAACCAACAUAUGAAUUGGUCUGAUGCUCAGAGCUACUGCAGACAGAGUUACACAGACCUGGCCAAUGUGAGGAAUCAAGAAGACAAUGAAUUGAUACAUAAGAUGGUUAGAAGUAAGACUUGGGUAUGGAUUGGCCUGUUCCAGGACACAUGGGGAUGGUCAGACCUGUCAAACUCCUCAUUCCGUAACUGGAAAACUGGUCUAAAUGAUAAUGUGGGCGACACAUGUGCUUUAGCUCAGGUCACCUGGCCUGGGACAUGGGAUAUAACUCCAUGUGCUGAAAAGCAUCCAUUCAUAUGCUAUGAUGAUAACCUGAUCUUGGUAAAUAGUAACGUGACCUGGAAUGAAGCCCUGAAUUACUGCAGAACGCACUAUUCGGACCUGGUGUCUGUUCACAAUGAGGAGAUCCAGAACUGGGUCAGUAGGUUGGCUGAGAAGGCCUCCACUGAUCAUGUCUGGCUGGGGCUGCGCUUCUCCUGCUACCUGAACUUCUGGUUCUGGGUCAGUGCAGAAAAUGUCUGCUACCAGAACUGGGCCCCAAACAACAUUUCCAACAGUAACUUGUGUGGAACCACAGGGGCAGUACAAUCUAAAGACCCACAUUACUGGGUCAGCCUGCCUGAGACUAUGGAGCUCAACUUCAUCUGCUCUAAAUAUCCAAUUAAGACUGAUUCACGAACACAGUACCUGCAGAAUAAGUACAUGUAAAAUUACAGAGUUGCAUCAGAAUCGCAUUUUAUCUUCCCUUUGUUUUGCUUGUGCAUUUCACUCCCUCUACCCUUCUCAUAACAAACUCAUUUUCCCAAAUUCCAAAUUUUCUAAAUGUUACGGUAUCUUGUUUGUUUAUGAUGUGGCAUAUAGAGUGAUUUCCAAACAAUAAUAAUGCGCAUCUUGCCACAUGUAGGAAUCUAAUUUGUUUUCUAAAA